UUGAAAUGCAAGAAUUUCUAGACAGGUAUAUAGUGAUUUUAAAUAAAAUGUGCGUAAGGCCAAGAAUUUUCCCUUUGCUGUGUUUCUCCCCUACUCCCUUCCUUUUUGUUUUCAAUGCAGCAUCACCAACACAUUUGAGGCCUUCACAUUAAGUCUUCUGUCUUCACUCUUGAUUUCUGGACCCAAUUCUCCCUUUUACAAAGCCUUGAUUGAAUCUGGCCUUGGCACAGACUUUUCUCCGGAUGUUGGGUACAAUGGCUACACGAGGGAGGCCUACUUCAGCGUCGGCCUCCAGGGGAUUGCAGAGGAAGACAUUGAGACUGUCAGAAGCCUAGUAGACAGAACGAUUGAUGAAGUCAUUGAGAAAGGAUUUGAAGAUGAACGAAUUGAAGCUUCACUUCAUAAAAUUGAAAUACAGAUGAAACAUCAGUCUACCAGCUUUGGACUGACUCUGACAUCAUACGUAGCUUCUUGCUGGAACCACGAUGGGGACCCUGUGGAGCUCUUGAAGUUGGGAAAUCAGUUGGCUAAAUUCAGACAGUGCCUGCAGGAAAAUCCAAAAUUUUUAGAAGAAAAAGUAAAACAGUAUUUUAAGAAUAAUCAGCAUAAGCUGACUUUAUCAAUGAGGCCGGAUGACAAGUAUCGCGAGAAGCAAGCUCAGCUGGAGGCCACGAAGCUCAAGCAGAAGGUUGAGGCCCUGUCCCCCAGAGACAGGCAGCAGGUCCACGAGAAAGGUUUAGAAUUACGGACGCGGCAAAGCAAACCUCAAGAUGCCUCUUGCCUGCCAGCGUUGAAAGUUUCGGAUAUCGAGCCCACCAUACCUGCCACGGAGCUGGACGUGGUCCUGACAGCUGGAGAUAUCCCUGUUCAGUACUGCUCUCAGCCCACCAAUGGCGUGGUGUAUUUCCGGGCCUUCUGCAGCCUGAACACCCUCCCCGAGGAGCUGAGGCCCUACGUGCCCCUCUUCUGCAGCGUCCUCACCAAGCUGGGCUGCGGCCUUCUUGACUACCGGGAGCAGGCUCAGCAGAUCGAACUGAAGACUGGAGGGAUGAGUGCUGCUCCCCACGUGCUCCCCGACGACUCACACAUGGACACCUACGAGCAGGGUGUGCUUUUCUCCUCUCUCUGCCUGGAUCGAAACUUGCCAGACAUGAUGCAUCUAUGGAGUGAAAUAUUUAACAACCCGUGCUUUGAAGAAGAAGAGCACUUCAAAGUGCUGGUGAAGAUGACCGCCCAGGAGCUUGCCAAUGGAAUUCCCGACUCUGGACACCUGUACGCAUCCAUCAGGGCUGGCAGGACCCUCACGCCCGCAGGGGACCUGCGGGAGGCCUUCAGUGGGAUGGAUCAGGUACGACUGAUGAAGAGGAUUGCAGAAAUGACAGACAUCAAACCCAUCCUGAGGAAGCUCCCUCGUAUUAAGAAGCACCUAUUAAAUGGUGAUAAUAUGAGGUGUUCAGUGAAUGCGACUCCUCAGCAGAUGGCUCAGACAGAAAAAGUGGUAGAAAACUUCCUUAGAAGCAUUGGUCGAAGUAAGAAGGAACGGAGGCCUGUGCGUCCACACGUGGUCGAGAAACCUGCGCCUAGCAGCUCUGAUGGAGAUGCCCACGCUCGCAACGGCUCCCAGAUCAUUAGGAAGCUGGUCAUGGAACCCACCUUCAAGCCCUGGCAGAUGAAGACCCACUUCCUGAUGCCCUUCCCAGUGAACUACGUGGGCGAAUGCAUCCGAACUGUCCCCUACACGGACCCAGAUCAUGCCAGUCUUAAAAUCCUUGCAUGUUUGAUGACUGCUAAGUUUCUGCAUACAGAAAUUCGAGAAAAAGGUGGUGCUUAUGCUGGAGGUGCAAAACUCAGCCACAAUGGGAUUUUCACCUUUUACUCUUACAGGGACCCAAAUACAAUGGAGACACUCCAGUCUUUUGGGAAGGCUGUUGACUGGGCUAAGUCGGGAAAAUUCACACAGCAAGACAUCGACGAAGCCAAACUUUCUGUCUUCUCGACCGUAGAUGCUCCUGUCGCUCCUUCUGACAAAGGAAUGGACUACUUCCUGUCCGGCCUCUCAGAUGAUAUGAAGCAGGCCCACAGGGAGCAGCUCUUUGCCGUCAGCCGUGACAGGCUCCUGGCCGUGAGCGACAGGUACCUUGGCACGGGAAAGAGCACACAUGGCCUGGCCAUACUUGGACCAGAGAAUGCAAAAAUCGCCAAGGACCCAUCCUGGAUCAUCAGUUGAGCAGCCGUGGAGCUUCUGACGGCGCAGGAGCUCAGGUGUGCUACACACACAGGCGUUGAGAAAAGGAGCCUCUGAGCCGAACUGGAAAAGGCAGAAAUGUUACUGCUUUUUCCAAGGAUAUGAUGUCAUUCUUAAAAUUUUGCCAAAGCCAUUGACUGGCAGGUCAGAUAAAAACUUUAUCUAUCUUGAUAAUCAUGCAUGAAACAGCAAAGAUGUGCCAUGUAGAACUUUAGCUUUGUGGUGACAGAAAGACUGACUUUUGCCUGAUUAACCCUAGAAUAUUUAUUUAGGAAUCUAAAAAUAAAGGGCAACUCUGACUUAC